UUUUUUUUUCUAUUACAACCAUGUCAACAUAUCAACUCUUACCACAAGUAAAAGUUUCACUACAACAUAUACUUGACCAUACAAAAGAACUCGAUCAUCCAUUAGUAGUAGCAGUUUCAGGAAUUCAAAAGAUAGGGAAAACUUCUUUAUGUUAUACUUUAGCACAUGUUCUCGAACAAGAAUACGGUUUAUCAACAACUGUUUUAUCAUUAGAUCAACAUCAUCAACACCCAACAACAAAAAAGUCAAUAUUGGAUAUAUUGGAAACUCUCAAACAUUGGAUACAUAUCAAGACAUACUCUAUUAUUCUUAUAGAAGGCACUUUAUUAGGAUUUAAACCGUUACCACCCACUCACGAUGUAUGGUCUCAAUUAGUAUCACGGACAACAGAUGAUGAUCAUUCUCGCUCUUUAAAAAGAUUCAAUCAAUCACUCAUACCAUUGGAAACUCAUUUAUAUCCAUUGAUCGAUCUUUUUAUUCAAUUAUCACCAAUCCGAUUGGAAAAUUGGACAUUGGGGACUCACUUAACUACAUAUCAGCUCUAUUUGCAUCGAUUAAAUAGAUAUGGCUUUUUCGAUCAACAAUUUACCACUAUCAAUGAUACCACCAACAACAGGUCAAGGCAUUUAGUAUUAUUAUUGGAUGAUGAUCGCAAACUAGUACAACAUCAUCAAAUUCUGGAUGGUUUAGGACAACAACAACAAGAAUCAAUAUGGUCAAGGAAAGGUACAAAUUCGAUAGUGGGAACAAGGACAAGUUUGAAAUGGCUCAGUGGUUCUCAUUUUAGCAGUCAUGAUCGAUGGCUAUUAACUUCUAUAGUACGACAACAACGAAAAUAUAUCUUGGCCACAUUGAAUCCUAAAGUACUUUUUAGUUUUGUUAUGAUGAGUUUAUUGGGUGUUUUAGGUUAUUCUCGUCGUUUAUCCUUUAUAUUUGAAAUCGUCAAUAAAUUAUAUCAUGUUGUGUCUUUUUAAACACAGUAGCGCAUGG